AUGGCCAGAAGAAAAGCCCAGGUUAACAGCUUGUUUCAAUGCACCGCGGUCUGUCUUAUGCUGAUUGCAGCUGUUGAAUACUUCAAAUACGCAACCAGAAUUCACUAUGAGUGGUUCCACUGCACACCAACGGUCGAGAAAAUUGGUACAUCCGAUAGCUCAGUAAUUAUGCUGUCUUCUCGGGGAGGACCCAGCUGCGAUAAACGGGGGGAAUUUAAAACCAUUGUUAAGAGGAUCUCUAGGGAUUUCGAGCCAAACUCGGAGCAUCUAUCCUUCUGUAUCAAGGAAAACGCAGACGUUCCUGCUGUGCAUUAUCCAAUUGAUGAGAACAAGGGAGCGCCAGGCUAUAUUGCUUAUGCUGGGUACGAUAGUGAUCUCCAGCUGGUAAAGGAGAUGUGCGCAGACUCUCCAAUAUACCAUUUCUGA